AUGCCCGAACCCACACGGGCUCCGCCGGCCCCGACAAGCCUGCUCUCCGUCCCUUCUCCCAUCGCGAACCUCUUCAAACGCGUGCCCCUGGCCGUCUACCCGGCCAACGACCUGCCUCGGAGAUCGCCCUCUGCCGACACGACGCGCGAGCUGCCUAUACUCUACAUCUUUACGACCAAGGAGGGUGCCCAGGAUGGCAGGCCGAGUUUUAACCCGUCGUGUCUCAAGUGGCAGACUGUGCUGAAAAUCGCCCGCUUGCCCUUCACGACGACACCGUCUACGAACCACGCAUCGCCUUCUGGCGCCCUGCCCUUCCUCCUACCUCCUCCCUCGCCGACCCGCUCCAACAACUUGCCCAUCCCCGCUGGUGACGCCCUCCUCAACCACGCCGUAUCCCACUCGCCGGCGAAAACACCGCCCACUCUCGCCGACGACCUGCCUCCCCGCCAGGAAGCGUACCUGGCCCUCCUACACGCCCGCCUACGCCCGGCCUUCCUCCACGCCCUGUACGUCAACCCGACCAACACACCUCUCCUCCAGGCCCUCUACGUCAACCCCUGCACGUCAAACUCGAUUGUGCGCGCGACACUACAGCACCAGGUCCGUUCCGCCGCCGAGGCCGAGAUUCUGGCGUCCACCAAGGCUGCCUACAUAGAUGCCGACGCGUUAUAUCAGGAUGCCGUUGCCGGCUUCGCAGCGCUUGAGACGCUGCUGAGCGGUACAGCGGGUGGAGAAGGCUUCUUUUCUGGCGGCGACGAGGCUGGACUGUUCGACGCCGAGGUGUUCGCGUAUACGGGCGUCAUCCUCGACGAGAGGCUCGGCUGGGUCGACCGCCGGCUUGCCGAAGCGCUGAGGGCCUCUCCAGGGCUCGUCAGGCAUCGGGAGCGCAUGAUGGUGACAUAUUUCCCAGAGAAGGCCUAG